GUAGGAUACUUUCGCGCGUCACUAGAUACCAUUCGGAGCUGCAGAUUUUAAUUGAAUGCAAGACCAGCUCAUAAUCUUUGCAAAUUUUCGAAAGAAACUCGAAAAAGGAAGAUCCCUUUUCAGGUAAACUCGUACCAAGCAAUGGACAGUUUCGAGAGCUUGUUGAUUCGACGACGCCAGGAAAUUGAAGUGGAGCUCAUGAAGUUGGAGGUGGAUGCGUGGGCUGCGGUCGGCAAGGAGCAGCAAGUGCCCGUUACUGACAGGCAACGGAAACUGGAUUCUUUAGCAGCCGAGGUUCACCGAGCUCGGCUGUCGUAUCGAGAGGUGGCGGCAGCCGUUGUGGAUGGGCUGCAGGUUGUCUCGGCCAAGGUCUCGGCCCCGCCGCGGCCGCGGCGUUUCGGCCGCAAGGAGCAGCAGACGUUGACCGAGGCUGACGUCCCCACCAUCAGCGACGACGCGGGUUUGCAACGUGAGGCGGAGCUCGCAAGGGAGGAAGUGGAAGCGUUGCAGAAGGUCGUUGAGCUCCAUGACGAUCAAGUUCGUCUUUCGAAGGAGCCUGUUGAGGGCAAAACCUUCGCCGGUAUUCGAGAGAGUCGCAGUUAUGAGGACGCGGCACUUGAUGAGGUUGCGAAGAAGAUAGCCAAUCUGGAGAAGGAACUAACAGAAGCAGAGCAGAUUUCAGAAGAUGUACUCGUUUUCACUUCAGAAGAUCCCGGUGAAUGGAUUCCGGACACCACUCGCACCGAAGCACCAUGGGAUGAAGACGACAUCGAAGCAGUUGCAGUGCAGGCGGAACCGUCUCAGACCCUCCGUCGACCCGCUGGAGCCCAGACUGGAGUAUUCCCGGGCGCACUUCAUCCCACAGGAGUCCAGGCUUUGACGCCGUACGUCGCUCUGCAGCCCGCCGUGGCUCAGGCUGGUGCAGCUCAGCAUCGUCCUCCUGGAAUACAGAGGGGAGUAUUUCUGAGCAGGCCUCGGCCCCCCGGAGUCCAGACUGAGUGGCUUCUGGGCGUCGUUCGUCCCACCGUCACCCUGCCUGCAACUCCGCAGCACGUUUUCCGCCCCACUGGACUCCAGGCUGGAGCCACUCAGGGCGUGCUUCGCCCCGCUGGAGUCCAGGCUGGAGUCACUCAAGGCGUGCUUCGCCCCGCUGGAGUCCAGGCUGGAGUCACUCAAGGCGUGCUUCGCCCCACUGGAGUCCAGGCUGGAGUCACUCAAGGCGUGCUUCGCCCCGCUGGAGUCCAGGCUGGAGUCACUCAAGGCGUGCUUCGCCCCGCUGGAGUCCAGGCUGGAGUCACUCAAGGCGUGCUUCGCCCCACUGGAGUCCAGGCUGGAGUCACUCAAGGCGUGCUUCGCCCCACUGGAGUCCAGGCUGGAGCCACUCAGGGUGCGAUUCGUCCCACUGGCGUCCAGGCUGGAGUCACUCAGGGCGUGCUUCGCCCCACUGGAGCCACUCAGGGCGUGCUUCGCCCUACUGGAGUCCAGGCUGGAGCCCAGGGUGUGCUUCGCCCCGCUGGAGUCCAGGCUGGAGCCCAGGGCGUGCUUCGCCCUACUGGAGUCCAGGCUGGAGCCCAGGGCGUGCUUCGCCCCGCUGGAGUCCAGGCUGGAGUCACUCAGGGCGUGCUUCACCCCACUGGAGUCCAGGCUGGAGUCAUUCAGGGCGUGCUUCGCCCCACUGGAGUCCAGGAUGGAGCCCAGGGCGUGCUUCGCCCCGCUGGAGUCCAGGCUGGAGCACAGGGCGUGCUUCGCCCCGCUGGAGUCCAGGCUGGAGUCACUCAGGGCGUGCUUCGCCCCACUGGAGUCCAGCCUGGAGUUUCACAAGGGAAAGCUUUUCCGACAAGAGUCAUUGCUGAAAGAGCAGCCGCCCCCGGCUUGGCUGGAGACUCGCCAUUUCAAACGAGAAGUCAGCCUGCUGCCCAGCCUUGCCAGCCCGAUAGCCUGCUGGUGGAGUUCCAGGAGGACAUGGGGAUGUCUUGGCCGGCCUCACAGCCCACAGCGCACGGUGCGGCGUCCUCUACAUCCAAAGCCAAGUUCAUCCCGAAGAAGCCCUUCCUAUCGAGGUUCCAGUCCAAGAAUUGAACACUAAAUUGCACAGCUGUGUACUUUUUAAUCAGUUAAAUAG